AUGAUGAGCCUCACGCAAAGCGACUAUGGUCUAAGCCACAUUGUUUUCAGAACGGAAUCUCGUAUUUGGACGUUCACGUUGUUCACCGGUACCAGUGUACUAUAUGCAUCUCGGGUGGCUUUACCAAUUUGUGCUGCAGCCAUCGCUAAAGAGUUCAGCUGGAACAAAACCGAUUCGGUACGAAAUAGCUUGUUCAUGGGUGAAGGAAGGGGUACCGUACUGUCGUGUUUCUUCUGGGGAUAUGCGAUAACACAACUGAUUGCAGGAGGUAUCGCCGACACAUAUGGUGGUGAGAAUGUUUUGCCGAUAACGAGUCUAGUAUGGAUAGUGCUCACGAUAUUCACUCCACAACUCUUCGAUUUUGCCUAUUGGAGUGGUUUUCCGUUGAUUAUCUUGUUGCUCACUAGGAUCUUGACAGGCAUUGGACAAGAACAAGCUUUUCCAAAAGGUAAUCCACAGUUGCUUCCAGCCUUCCAUAUACCAUCAAUGGCUUCGAUGGUCUCACGCCAUCUCACUGCCGCUGAUAAGGGACGAGUUUUCGGGAUCAUCCUUGCAGGAUCUCAUUGCGGCACGGUUCUGGCCGGCUCGAUUGGUUCGCUGUUGGUUGACAAGUAUGGUUGGCGGACAUUGUUUCAAUUUGUUGGUAAGAAUAUCGGUUUAAGGCUAUUCAGUUUUUUCUGA